AUGGCUACCCUUCUGCUUCCAGAAACUGUUCAUAUUGAUCCUACUCUCGAUUUGGCUACACAAGAGUCUCUCUUGACCUUUGUGAAAAGCGAUGGCUCAACAAUGAUUUUGGCCCUCUCUCCCCUUUCCGCAGCUUCUAAAUACCAUCUGGAGUCUCUCCUUCCGUAUGGUGAAGUUGGUAUCAUAAACUCUGCAGUCUUUAAUCCUCCCCAGUCUAAGGAUUCUAAGGUUGACAGAUCAUUCAUGCUUUACAAGAAGCUUCCUCCCGAACUCAGAAUUGACAUAUGGAAGAAGUUCAUUCGCGCCAAUCCAAGAAAACUUUUUGCGGAACCCUCAGAUUUCUUCGGAAUCCUAAGUAUGUCAUCAUCUGAUCACUUCAUGUUCCUCAAACGCAAAUAUCCUGUACCGGUUCAACUGCAAGUCAACAGCGAGAUACGCAGCGAUGCGUUCAAUGCCCAUGGCUUCCAUGAAUUGAAGGAGAAGGGUGAUACGCAUGGCCUCGUCUUCAAUCCCGAACUUGACAUGUUGGUCCUCGUUCCGAAUUAUGCGGUGGAUAUCUCUGCUCAGAGCCUGCAAGAUGCCGCACGUGCAAGCCAAGUUCUCGGCAAAAUCAGAAGUAUUGCAAUAUCACUCUGGCACUACGACCUCCACGAGUUCAUUGAAAGUUUCAAGAACUAUACGAACCUAGAGUUGGUGUUUAUUAUUACAGGAGAUCCGCAAAGGAAUCCUUGGGGGACAGCUAAAGAGCGUCGAGUCUCGGAAGAGAGCGAGAUUAUGUUCGAGAUACUUAACACUAAUGCGAGUUCGCGUGACUUCUAG